AUGUCACUGAAGAAACAGAUUGUCAAGGAUGGAGUGAUGCAUUCUGUCAACAGAAGGAGUAACUCAAGACAAGAGUUACGUGCAGAACUUGUCGCCGAUUUGAAGGCAGUAGCAGAAGAAACGGCUUUCACCGCUGCAAACUUGUCUAAAACAAGAACGAGCGUUGCGACACUUUUGAGAUCUUUCAAUCUUGCUGUGUCAUACAGGGAAGACCAGCAUCACAUCAAAAAGUUGAAUUCCACUUUUUUUAUACACAGGGCUUAUGUGGAGAAAAGCGACGGCUAUACCACCAUUCGCGUUCUAUCAAUCAAUCAAUGUUUGGACGCAAAUGCCAUUAUUGAAGGGACUAUCGAUGGUCAUGAAAUUGUACUAAAACCUCAGUUUAUUGGAGAAUCGUGUCCCAGAUAUUUUGCUCCAGGCUGUAUAUACAACUCACACAUAUUUGUCGGGUUUUCAAGCGCUGCAGCAUAUAGCAGCCAUUAUAUACAACUAAGAAGAGGAAAGGGCAAUGUGUCUUUGCCGUUACAAGGCAUUUCAAGCAAAGUCAAAGGAAAGCUUACUUUUUGCGUGCCUCCUCUCUAUUGGUAUUCGAAUUGGCCGAAGAUAAUUUUUGCCUUAGAGUUCUGGAAAGCUCAAGGUGUGGCGCACGUAUUUGUCUACCAUCAUUCAUCGACGAAAAACGUGUACCAAGUGCUUGAUCAUUACGAAGCAGAGGGUUAUAUUACAAUUGUUUCUUGGCCUUCGCUUCCUCGCAACGCGUUUGAAGAUCCUAACCAAUCGGUCUACCGUGUAGCUCAUUCGUUAGCGCACAACGAUUGUCUGAUGCGACUCACUACUGAAUUCGGAGCUGUCAUCGAUGUUGAUGAAGUUAUUAUACCUAGGAAAGGUACACUUAUGUCCUUUAUAAUCGACAGUUUUGCUUCGAACGCAUCAGCCGGUGCAUUAUUGUUCCAGCAUCGCACUCUUUCUAUGCAUCCUUCUCAUGCUGGACAAAAUUUCACGUUUGAAGCGCUAGACUUCUCUGGCAUCUGGAAUGCUACAGAGCAUGAGUACAGAGGCCCACCGAAGAUAGCCGUAAAGGACGCUGCUCUCCUACAUCAUCGGUAUAACGUUGGAAUAGAAAGGAUUGGCAACAACUCACAAGGCAUUGAUUUACUGCCGGACAAAGCCGAUCUAAUUGCUCUCCAAAACAUUCUCAAUUACCGCAAGCGUACUAUCUUUCCGAACGGUGCUGAUUUUCACUUUAGCACACAGAUGGAACUUGCAACUUGUUUGGAACAAUGGCGAAUAACGCAACAUGAAUGUAAAACACCCAUAUCAAGCUGUGCAAGCGUUAUGCUUCCUUUGGAGGACUGGCAGUUUACGAAAUUGAACGAACAAUUUCACACAUUAUAG